CUCCCCCCCGCCUCGCUAGAGUGUGCUAGCCCCGUCGCGUCUGGUUUGUGUGAGACAGGUGCGCGGCGUUUUAUAGCGUUUUCUCGGGCAAAAUGCCCGAGUGUUGCGUGCCACAGUGCACAAACCACUCGCGAAAUGGCUAUAGGAUGUUCAGAUUUCCGAAAGAUCCGAAAAGGCGACUCCUGUGGCUGGUAAAGAUCAAGCGCGACAAGUGGCAACCCACGGACCGUUCGUGUUUGUGCAGCCGAUGCCUAAGCACAGGAAGCCACCAAAAGAAAGGUUUUUACCACAAGGGACGCCUGCGGCCGCAGAAGAAAGUUGUUCUCUGCACAGUCAACCCCAUGCUUCUGAUACCUCAGCGACAGAAAUUCAAGAACAACAUGUCAACGACAUACCCAAGUGCCACGGCAGAAACUGAAGUUCCUACAACAGAUGAUUCUCAGCUAGUUGCAUGCCCACUUUCCGCAACCCAUGUUGAAUUGUCGGAAGAGAAGUGCAGUAACAGGUCGUGUGCUGAAGUGAAUAAACAGCUACAGGACAUGAAGGCAAAGUACGCGAAACUUCGUGAAGAUCAUAGCAAAGCAAGUGCUAAAACUAAUUCAAUUAAAAAGAAGCUUCAGAAGUUGGAAUAUGCCAGUGGGAUUUUACGAAAAAAACUGAAGUUCCUAAAUGAAGACCAAAUGCGAGCCUUAUCACGAAACAGCAACCGAGGUACUACCUGGUCAUCAAAAACAAUUAAACAAGCCCUUCAGAUAAAAUUCGCAAGUGGAACAACAGGCUAUGAAACCCUUAGAAAACUUGGGUAUCCACUGCCUUCCAACAGAACUCUUGUCCGUCGUCUUCAAGGGCUCAAGUUCCUGCCUGGGAUUUUAACGGAAGUUACUGAGUUGCUCAGAGCAAAAGCAGAGGGCUUGGAAGACGUUGAAAGAGAUUGUGUGCUUUAUCUCGACGAAAUGGAAAUUGCCCGCGGGUAUGAGCUCGACCGUGCUGAAGACGUCGUGUUUGGAGGAAAGACACUCCCAGCGGAACCAGAUUAACCCGCCUGUCAUUGCUUGGUGUUUAUGGUCAGAGGA